UUUCAGCAAUUCAUCAUCAUGGCGGAACAGAUUGAGAAAGCCUAUCAGAAACAACCGACUAUCUUUCAAAAUAAAAAGAAUGUGCUUGCUACAAAAAGAAAAGAUCGCCGCUACGUUCGUAAUAUCGGCUUAGGCUUUAAAACUCCAAGAGAGGCUACGGAAGGAACAUACAUUGAUAAGAAAUGUCCUUUUACUGGUAAUGUUAGCAUUCGUGGUCGUAUCCUGACCGGUGUAGUUGCUAAAAUGAAGAUGAGGAGGACGAUUGUCAUUCGACGGGAUUAUCUUCACUACAUCAAAAAGUAUAAUCGAUAUGAGAAACGUCAUAAGAACUUGGCUGUACAUUUAUCUCCUUGUUUCCCGGAUGUGCAACUUGGCGAUACUGUAACUGUUGGUCAAUGCAGACCGUUAAGUAAGACUGUGCGUUUUAAUGUUCUGAAAGUAACGAAACAACAAUCUGGCAAGAAGCAAUUUCAAAAGUUUUAAGAGACUGUAGCUCAUGUUAUUUCUGUAUACAAUGUAAACUUUUGACCAAUAAAAAAAAUUUCGGUUC